AUGUCAAGACAACAGCGCAACCAACCAACUAUGAAAGUGUAUGUUGAACGUGAGGGUGGUGAACAAGUGUUAUGGAGGAAAAUGACUCGAGAGGAGAUCAUGCAAGAAUUUUUCGCACCUCUUGAAGAGGUCAAACGACGAGAACAAACACCUACGUGGUGCGAUUUGUCAGAAACACGUCUGUUUGAGUUGCUUGUACGCUUCAAGCCUGCUGGAGUGCAGAAAUGGGCCAACCUAGCUGCCAUCCACAUGUAUAUGAAUAAAAUUUAUGAGUCCGAAGAAGAUGGUAUCGAAAUAUUCUUGAACGAUGAAGACUUUGAAACAGUUAGGAAGCGUAAAGACCUUCCUAAGGCUGAGAAGACCCUUAGAUUCCAACCACGAUAUGCCAUUAGACCUGACAUCGAACAGAUCAUUGCUAAACUGGACCAGUACUGGGACAUGAAGUUCGUAGAGUACAAUGAAGGAAUACCAGACGGAUUGGAAGUACAUAGCGAUUUUUUCUUACCUGAUGGGCAGUUUGGCGAGCUGUUGAAGGAGUUGGAGGAGAAGAAUGCAGCUGCAGGAGCGAAACAAGUCACAAGAAACCAAGAGGAGGAGAGCUCUGCUGCAGCGCCUUCGUCGUCCGGUGUAUCCAAAAGACGUCGCGUCGUGGAGUUGAUGUAG